ACGAACCACAUUGUUUAAGGUCAAACUUACACAGCAAUCAGAAAUGUCUAAAAGACCUCAGAUCCAUAUUUUUGUUGGAGCACCUAGUAUUCCAAGCCAGCUGGAGGUGUCAGAACAUAAUAGUUCAGUGUCUGCUGCUGAAAAAUGGAGAGAACUCCACUGUUCGUGUGAUAGACAUAGUCUUUUUUCUGAAAAAUGUAGAAGUACUGACAGUAGUCAGUACUUAAUGUUUCUGGGUGAAAGCUCUAUAGUGACAGCAGUUCCUACAAGUGGUUACUGCUCCCAGCAAUCUGAACAGGGAAGAUCAGUGGUAACAGAAGAGUGCUUGACAUCUGUAACUUUGGUGGAAACCAAUCCCAGUACUCCUAAGAUGACUGGCAGUUUAAUUUACUCUGAUUGUCAAUUGUCUAAAGAUAGAAGUGCGCACACAAGCGUAAAUCAGGCUACAGAUGAACACCUUUCUCAAAUGUUUAGAGAAUUGGAAGAACAGGGUGAAAAACAAUCAUGCGUCUGUUGUUCAAACCUCACAGAAGGAAAAAACAGUCAUUUGGAAGUUAACUGCUCUGAGAUUUCUAAUUUGGUUGCCUCUACUAAGCAGAUUAGCAUACAUCUAAGGUCUAUGGGAGAAGAUGUUCCAUCAGGCCAUAUAAGUGACUGCCAUGAACAUCUAAGUCAGUAUCUGGAUGUGUUUUUCCCCUCAAAUCAAGAGUCAAAACCAAAAGGAGAACUAAAUGAUUGUUCGAACCUUGCAGUAUCAACUGACACUGAAUUUCGUAGUAUAUUGACUUCAAGUCAGAUGGCUGUUCUUGCACAAGGUGACUUUAAGAAACAAAAUGAGAUGCAGAAAAGAACCAUUGAACUACUGGAAACAGAAGCAGAGAAUAAACAUGAAGAAAGGCAAUAUGAACACUUCAGUCUUAAUUCUGAUGUCAGAACAUGUCAUAUUGUGGCUGAAAAUGCAUUUGAACAAGAGUAUACAGGUUCUCUUGAACUUUUCAGCUCUGAGUGUGAUGGCAAAACCUUCUGUUUUGACACUACAAUAAGAGAAGGAAGUGCUCAUGAAAAUACAAAUGCAUCUGAAGAACUUCCUAAUGUUCCUGCUGAACAAUUUUUAAAUGAAGUCCUUAUUGAACCAUUGAGCUCAGGAAUACUGUGCUCCCAAAUAAGCAGUUCUCAUAACAGUUCUUUUAAAAGAGCCCACAAGUCUGAAGAGUCUCUUUAUAUUUUUCACUCUGCAUUUAAAAGACAGCUGAAAUCAAAGAGAGCUAAACUGAAUUCUUCUCUAGCUGGUCCUGAAAUGAGAAUGGAUCAAGAGAGGGUGACAGAGUUCAAGAAACUUCAGAAGCAUCUUCUAUCAUUACUUAAGAACUGCUGCUGCAAAAAUCAAAAAUACAGUGUUUUGGUAGCAAUAGUACAUCCCUGUCAUAUUAAAGAAAUACAGAAAAAGACAAGACCCAGAUCUUUAUCUAAAGUCCCAGUAGCAACGAUUGUAGUUACUGACCAGUCCAAAAUUGAAAGAAAGGUUGUGCUAUGGCGUGCUGCUGCAUUUUGGUCACUCACUGUGUUUCCUGGUGAUAUUGUACUACUUACAGAUAUCAUUAUGUAUGAGAAUCUUUGGUUUGGAGAAGUAAUGCUGCAAUCUACAUGUACCAGUCAGUUACUGAACCUGGGAAACUGCUCAUCUCUCAAUCCAAAACAAUUUCAUCAUAUAGUGGAUGUUGGUGUUCUUCAUGGUUUAUUGGCAUACGUAUCAUCGAAAUUUCCCCACUUUGGAGACCUUCCAUGUAGACAAGUUCAGAGGUUGGAUAGUAUUCAGCAUGUUCAGCUAGACCAGCUUCAGUCAAAUACGUUGGUUCACUUGGUCUUAAAAAUUAUCAGCAUCACCAUAUUAAGAGAAUCUGUGUACAACUACAAAGGGGGCAGCCAAAGGAAAGUUAUUCUAACAGUAGAACAGAACAGAGGUCGACAUUAUAGAAUGGUGCUGUGGGGAGCUGGGGCAGCCUGGUACCCUCAACUUCAAAGGAGAAAAGAUCACAUAUGGGACUUUAAAUACCUUCUUGUCCAACGUAGUUCUGUGUCAGGUGACUUUGAACUGCACACAACUCCAUGGUCAUCCUGUGAGUGCUUGUUUGAUGAUGACAAAAGGGUAAUUGAAUUUAAAGAAAGAUUUCAGAAGAGUAAAACAUUCCUCACGAAAAUGACGAAUCUCUCAGCACAUUUGGAGGAAAAAUGUUCAGGAGUGAUUCAACUGAAAGCCCGUAUUUUAGAGUUGAAGUUUACCAUUUCAACAGGCCAGUACAGGCAACUCAUCUUCCAUGCUAACACUUCCCUGGACAGUGUUUUGGCUUCUCUGCCUAUGAUUACCUAUUCAGGUUGUGCUAAAUGUGGUUCAGAACUACAGGCAGAUGAGAACAAGAUCUACGAGCAAUGUGUUAGAUGUUUGCCACACAACAAAGUAAAAACAUUCUAUAGACCAGCUUUGAUGACAGUUGAAGAUGGAGGAUAUGAAAUCUAUGUUCAUGUGGUGUCAGAGCUGAUGGAAAAAAUCUUCCUCAAUAUUCCUGCAGACUGGCUGAACAGAUUAGUAGUGCCCUCCUCAGAUAUGACCUACCGUGUAAUAGUAGCAGAACUGUGUCACUUGCUGCUAGCAGAUACGGAAGCAUCCUAUUUCUUGGAAAUUAGGAGCCAUUUUGUGCUAGAUGAAAACAGCUAUCCUUUGCAAAAGGAUUUUCAUCUGCUAAAUUUUCAUCCUGAUCUCUGAAGCAUUGACCUCUGCAAAAACUGAUUAACAGAAACUGUAUGAACAAGUAGUUUGCAGUUUGCAAGUAGGAGAAAAAAAAUGAAUUAGUUAAGUAAAAAUCAAAAUACAAGAAAGGAUUUCAUAUUUAAUUUAUACAAAAAAAUGGUAUGGAAAAUCUGAUAAUUGUAUGCACUGGUACAGUACUACUGAUUGUCACAAAGUCUAUUUUUAUACAUCUUUUUUCAUCUUAAUAAAAACCUC